AUGUGACGUAGUUACUGUCAUCGCCCGCGUACACUUGCCUUACUCUUUCUCUGAUUGAGAGGGCGUAUGCGGGGCUUGUCUUGGUCGCAAUCCCGCUGUUAUGUAUUUGAUGAGACGCCGUGGAUUUGUGGGCUGAUUGAUGCGUCCACAAAUCUGAGCUGGGAUGUCCGCUCCCCUAUCGUCCUUCCAAUUGGAACUCAGUAUGAAGGAGGUUAUCUUUAAUGAUAAUAAGUUCGCGAGAGACCUCGUUGUGCCUUCACAAAGGCCGAGACAAGGGGACUCGCAGCGUUGCGGGAUUCCGUGUAUUGCUCAUGCUGCCCGCUCCCUCUCUUUUAGGCCCCUGGGUCGGAAUGUCGUGCUUGUCCCUCUUGGUCUUCAUACGACUUUGUAAAGAACACAGAGACAGAGUAGCCUCGUACGGCGAAUGCACAUUAUGCGCGGAACAUACUCGAGGAGUCGCGGAAUCAAAUCAAGAGUGUCGCAUCACAGCCACGGAGCUUGUACGCCCUUUCAUCAGGAAGUCUCCCACCCAAAUUAGAGCGACGGACUCCGCACGCGACGUUCUUCGACUGAUUGCUUGGGGAGAUAUAAAAUGAACCCGGCUGGCUUACGACGCUCCCGCGCUCCUUCUUCUCGACUACAUUACUCGACGGAGACUAGGACGAACUCAUCAGCCAGCGAUAUCCACCACACCGCUG